GCUACAGAAAGGACAACAUAAUAUACACGCGUGGACGAGAAAAUUUUUUCAUAUACGGACUAUUCAUAUGCGAAAAAAAUUCACGAACAGGCGCGGACAAGUACGGACAGAGAAAAAAACUCACGGACAGGCACGGACAAGCAUCCUCAGUAGGGUUAUGGAUACGGGCAAAAAAAUAUUGCCUGUGCAGACCUCUGGUGCGCAAGCCUGUCAGAUCCCGCAUCCCUGCCAAGAAAAUGCCGGAUGGAUGCAUGUCCUGCCAUUUUCGGCAUCCGUACGCAUCCCUGGAGAAAAAUGUCGGACAGAUACCAAAAAAAUGCGCACCACUGCCAUAUUAAGUAUUUAUGCACUCUGCUUGAAAAGAUUCUGAUUAGAUGCGCAUUCCAAUAGAAGAGUGCCUAGAAAAGGCUGCAAAAAGCUUAUUUUACAUCGUCGGGAUACUGUAUCGCAACGAAUUCUAUUGCUCCAGGAUGUUGUGCGGAUGCCACAUCACAAUGGAAUCGAUGAGUUAUACUAAUGGAUUCCAUUAUGAUGCGGUAUUAGUAGCGCAUCCAAUACUGUGUUCUCGAUCUCAUCUUCGAAUUUUUUCUUAUAGGGGAUGUAUACUGAAGACUAUUUUUAUAGUAGCUUUGUGGAUAAACCAGAAUUGAAUGGAGAACAUUUUACAGAUGGAUGGCCACAUUUGAAGAAUUUUAACGAUGGCGUGAUGGAUAAAUUCGAUCUUUUAUUACGUCAGAAAUUGACUAAUAAAUUACAGUGUAACGAGAAAAUUAUGCUAAGCGUAGCCAGAGAGAAAUAUUUGAAAGCAUUGGAAAUGGGAUGUUUAAAUGACAAUAUUGUACUUGAAUGUAAAUUAAAAGUCACAGUUGACGAUAAACGAAAAGUUAUGGGUGGCCUAUGUGCAAUGGCAUUUGCUGAUCGUGAAUCAGUAAUAAAAAUAGCACAAAAUAAUCAUUUAUAUAUUAUUGAACAAUGUGGUGCACCGAGAAUAAUACAUGCGCCAAUGACAAAAGACGCAUAA